GGAUGGACUGGUCGGCCCCUCCUCCCCUUUUCGCUCGUUCUUUGACUCGGCUUGAUAAGCAGCCUGCAGCGUCGCAGACCGAGCAAUGGAUGAAGGGAUGGAGAAGAUGGCGGAAAAAGUCCAGAAGAGUGUAAAGAUUGCUCCUGGAGCAGUUGUCUGUGUGGAGAGUGAAAUCAAGGGAGAUGUAACAAUUGGGCCGAGGACAGUUAUUCACCCCAAAGCCCGAAUCAUUGCAGAAGCUGGACCAAUUGUGAUUGGGGAAGGUAACCUCAUCGAAGAACAGGCAACUAUCAAAAACGUCUAUCCUGAAAAUAUUACCCCUGAUACAGAGGAUGUGGGAGCCAAGCCAAUGAUUAUUGGCACCAACAACGUAUUUGAAGUUGGCUGUUGUUCACAGGCAAUGAAAAUUGGAGACAACAAUGUAAUUGAGUCCAAAGCAUUUGUGGGAAGAAAUGUGUUCUUGACCAGUGGCUGCAUCAUUGGAGCCUGUUGCAAUGUCAACACCUAUGAAGUCAUCCCUGAGAACACUGUAAUCUAUGGAGCAGACUGUCUUCGUCGAGUGCAGACAGAGCGGCCACAGCCACAAACGCUGCAAUUGGACUUCCUCAUGAAAAUCCUGCCCAACUACCACCAUCUUAAGAAGACCAUGAAAGCACCUUCUACUUCUACUCCUGUAAAAAGCUGAAGGACCUCUCUGCACAAGUAUUAAAAUUGCUGUGGAGGUGUUCCCUUAUACUUCAUGAUAGCAAGAAGUAAUUUGUUCUGUUUAAUUUACGAGCUCAUUCAUUCCAUUGCACAAUUUAAUUUUUAUUUAUUAAACUUAGAAAUAAUAAAAACUGCUUAUAUUCCUUUCA